AUGGGCGGUGGCGAGGAGGCGGCGGCUGCCGGCGGCGACGAGCGGCACGUGGUGACGGAGGCCGCCUUGGAGCGGACGGUGAACAACGCCACCGUCUUUCGCUACCCGUUCAGCGCGAUGGACCUUGGCUGGCUGGUGGGCUACAUUGACGCGUUUCUGAUGAAGUCGGAGCGGUGGGCGGCGGCGAUGCGCAUCACGACGUGCUUCAUGACCUUCACGGUGCUGCACGAGGACCCGCUGAUGGAGGACGCCACCUUUCAGCUCCACAAAACGAUGGUGGAGAGGAGCAUUAAGAAGAGUUGGCCCAGGCGGAAUCGCGACCUCAGCAACGCCUUUGACGCCGCGUACCACGUGUUCGAGACCAUCUGCAUCGUCGCCAAGUACCCCAACCUUGAGCCGGCCGGCAAGGUGGGGAUUCUGCGCAUGAGUGAGAAACUCAUCCAGGGCAUGGAGAAGCCGCUGGACACCCCCCUGCUUAACGUGGACGCCAAAAAGCGAAGUGAGGCUUUGAGUGCCACCUUUGCGCGGCUGCAGGCGUUGGGGCGGGCGCCGGACUCGCUUGACGCGUUCGACGCGCUAAUGGCCUCGCUGAAGAUGGUCUUUGCCUGCUACGCGGCCUCGCUGGGCGUGCACAAUUUGCUGCAGGACGCCAACGUGAGUCACAUGAACUCGUACGUCUGCUGCGAGGGGUGCCCCUGCUACGCCAAACUUCGCACGACGUACACCCUCUUCAUCCGCGACGUGGAAAAGACGAAGGUGAUUGACUGCCUGCUCAUGAUGGCCGUGAAGGAGGAGGACGCCUUUGUGAGCAAGUUAGCGGAGGGAUUGUUCACGCAGUUUGACUGUCGCAGUCCGUUUCUUGAGAAGCCGGUGCGGCGCAUCCAGAACGGGGCUCUGUUUAUGGUGCGCAUCGCCCUCUUUGACGCCUUACGGCACAUCAAGGCGGUCCUGAUGGACCCCCGCGCCUCCCCGGCCCGCCUCGCGCCGCAGCUGGACAACGUCGUCCUCGCGCUGUGCAUCGCGCGGCGGGAGAUGAAGGCGGUGAGGGGCCUCAGCGAGCACCCCCCGCUGGUCGACAAGGCGCUGGCAACCGCUGACAGCAUCUACCCGCGCCUGGGCGCGGAGAAGGCGUCGCAGGAGCUGCGCACCUUGAUGGAGUACGUCGCCAAAAUAUUUGCCCUCGUCAGCGCCCCGCAGUUCCACCUCGCCGUGCAUAGCAAGGACCCGCUGGUGGGGAAGGGGGCCAAUUUCUGCUGCGGCAACCCCAAGUGCCCGGGGCAGGUGAAGGAAAUGCUGAAGUGCAGCGGGUGCCGCGUUACCUUUUACUGCUCCGUCGCCUGCCAGCGGGACGACUGGAAGACGCACCGCUUCCUUUGCAAGGAAAUGGGAAGCCGCAGAGCGGCGCCGACGCCAGUCAAGACGGCGGAGUGCCCUAUACAAACCUUGAAGCCCGCGGCCUUCCGCGUGUGA